AUGGAGGAAAUAACACAAGAAAUUCAUAUUGAUGAUAUGACUUGUGAAAAUUGUGUAAGAACUAUUGAAAAUUCAAUAAGUAAAUUAAAUGGAAUUCGAUCAAUUAAAGUUUUACUUGAAGAUAAAUUAGGAACUGUUGUUUAUAAUUCAAAUAUGAUUAAUAUAAAUGAUAUUCUUAAACAUAUUAAUGAAUUGGGUUUUGAUACUGAACUUAAACAACCAAUAAAAAAUGAUAAUCUUGAUGUUGAACUUGGAGGAAUAUCCGAUGAAAAUAUUCCUAUUGCUAUUGAACGUAUAUCAUCAAUAAAAGGAGUUUUAAAUGUUAAUUUUCCUUUGAAAAAUGAUAGUAUUCAUGUACAAAUAUCUUAUGAUAAAAAUCAAAUAGAUCCUUAUACACUUUAUCAAAAAAUACAAUCAAUUGGUUAUAAAGUAAAUCCAAAGUUAGAAAAUAUUUCUCAAGCACAUUUACGUAUACAAGGGAUGCAUUGUAAUUCAUGUGUUAUGAAUAUAACACAAACUAUUGAAGAUUUACCCGGUGUACAUCAUAUUAAAGUAUCAUUUGAUGAUCAAUCAGCUUAUGUUUUAUAUGAUUCAAGUGUAAUUACAUUAUCAAUUAUUAUCAAAGAAAUCGAAAAAUUAGAUUUUCAAGUUGCAGUUUCAACGGCAGAUGAUAGAGACAAAUCAAAAGGUAAAAAAACUCAUCAAUUAAGCUCACAAAUGAAAGCACAAUCAACGAAUAUAAAUGAUGAUACAGAAACUUGUUUUGUAAGUAUAACUGGCAUGACAUGUGCUAGUUGUGUUGAUUCAAUUCAACGAAAUCUUUCUAAAGUUGAAGGUAUUCAUUCGGUAUCUGUAGCACUUUUAUCACAUAAAGCCGAAAUAAAAUUUAAUCCUGAAUAUAUUAUUCCAUCACAAAUUGCUUAUUUAAUAAAUGAACUUGGAUUUCGUGCUGAAAUACUUGAUACAAUGGACAAUGAUGUAGAUUUUAUUGAUUUGCAUGUAUAA